CGAUCCUAUUGUGAGAUUACCCCUGCGAAAUGAUCAAAAUUUUUAAAGACUCACAACUGCCAAAAUGGAGACUAUUCCUGUUCCUAUUCUAGCCCUAUGCGGGGCAAAUGAGGACGGUUAGAAGCCCUCCGAGGGCGGCGAGGGCAGACCAACCGCAUAAGGCGUGUUCCUACGCUAGUCAAGGGUUCAUCGGGGGUAAACGCUCGCCCGCUAUCGUCCCAUAACGUACUUUGUCGCACACGGCUUACCUAGUAAAGCCGUAGGGCCGGAGGUGCCUGCGUUUAAUAACUCAGUGGUAUCGAGGGCUGAAAGACUCACCGCCCGAAAUCAAGAUUGGUAAAGCCGAUAUCACAGCAUCGGAACGUGAUUGGAAGGCCUAGGGCUAUUCCGCUGAAAUGAGCUGGUAAGAUCUGACAGGCUCAUGUAGGCGUGCGGCGCAGAAGCUUGAAAGCAUGUCGCGUGACGGCGACGGAGAAGCUGGAAUCGACGGAGCAAGAUGGGCAGAUGGACGGCAGAAAAUUUCAAUAUGAGAAAAGGGGACAGGUCGAGCUUUCGUCUGCUCCCUCCUUCCGGGACUCAAGAGUUGGAGUCGGGCUCACGUACUAACACGAUACUAAGAACUGUCGCAGUUCUCUAAGCUCACCCAGAGAUUCGCUCAUUCACGCAGUCCAUCGUAGCACCGUCGCCAGCAAUUACCAUCAACAUGCUAGCUCAGAUAUAUUUCUAUACCGUCCUAGCAGCGAUCGCUUCGGCGACCCUGCUGGAGGACUUGGGUUUAGGGCUGCUCGAAAGACACAACCAGCUGAGCCGGCGCCAGACCGUGGCUAGCAACUUCACCUGCCGCCUCAACUACACGACAAACCUCUGGAGCAGCUGCGCCCAAGUUCUCCAGGAGUUCAACCUGACGCUCGACGCUUUCGAGUCGGUCAACCCGAGCAUAGGCGAAAACUGCACGAACUUCGAUCCCGGAUCCACGUAUUGCAUCGCAACCGCGGUGGGCAGUCCCGUGCCGAUCUCGUCGAGCGGGCUCUGCGGCGCUCAGCAGAACUGGACCAACACCUGCAUCGGAAGCCAAUGGGGCGACUGCUGCGGCGUAGGCGGAUACUGCGGAACGGGCGACGAUUACUGCGGGAUGGGAAACUGUCAGGAGGGCACGUGCGACGGAGCGCCGAUCCCCUAUAGCACGGACGGCUUAUGCGGAAGUCAGAACGACUGGGUUGAAUGCCCUCCUAAAUUUGGACUCUGCUGUAGCGCGUACGGAUACUGCGGAAACGGCACCGACUACUGCGGAACCGACUGCCAAAGUGGCCCCUGCGGCACGUCGACGACUACUUCGAGCGCGCCGACGUCCACCCCGACACCCGGCUCGGUCAGCCAAGACGGCACUUGCGGUUUCGCCGGCGGCCUCGUCUGCGCCGGAUCCUCGUUCGGCGGUUGCUGCUCCGCAGCAGGAUAUUGCGGCUCCGACUCGUACUCUUGCCAGGACAUCCUAGGAUGUCAAGCUUCAUACGGGACCUGCAACGUCACGGGCUACGCGUCGUAGGUAAUUCGGCGAAUAGCUGGCGAGCGGGAGAUGCUAGACGGAGGAGCGGCGCAUGAAAAGUCCAAAGCUUACGCAGCAGCCGCGCGAGAA